AUGGACCUCCCCGAGAGCUCUGUCCCCCGCGCAGACGAGGGCCCGGCCCCUCACCGUCUUGGCCCCGUCGACCGCGAGGAGCUGGUGCGCGCCAUGACACAGUCGCUCUACUCGCUCGGGUACCGGCGGGCGGCGGCCGCGCUCGAGGUGGAGUCCGGCGUGCCACUGUACCCGCCGGAGCACGACCGGCUGCUGCUCGAAGUGAUGGCCGGUCGGUGGGACGCGUCCGCGGAGGCCGUCCGCUCGGUCGCCGGCGUCGGUGACGCGGACCGCGCGGUUGCGGAGUUCCUAGUGUGGAGGGGCUACUACCUGGAGCUCCUGGGGAUGCGCGGUGACGCCGGCCUGCGCCGGGCGAGGGAGGUGCUACGGCGCCGGAUUGCGCCGCUCGGCGUCGACAGGAGGUGUGUACACUGGCUGGCGCGCGCCAUGGUCUCCAGUGAGGGGGCGGUUGCGCCGGAGGCCGUGGUUGGGUGGAGGAUUGCGGUGUUCUUGGAUUUGGUUGAGGUGUUGCCAUCAUGGUUCCAUGUGCCUAGUGGACGGUUGGAGCAUUUGGUGGAGAGUGUGAUUACCAAGCAGGUAGAAUCUUGUAUAUAUCACAAUUUGCCGGAUGAGAUCACUCUGUUUGAAGAUCAUAGGUGCCAUGAAGAGCAGAUCCCCUCCCAGUGUGCACAGAUAUUAUGUGGUCAUAGUAAUGAAGUUUGGUUUGUAAGGUUCUCAAAUAAUGGAAACUACCUGGCAUCAUCUUCAAGUGAUUGCACCGCCAUAAUUUGGAAGGUGGAAAAGGAUGAUACAUUGACCAAGAAGCACUGCCUCCAGGGUCACCAAAAACCAAUUUCCUUUGUUGCCUGGAGCCCAAAUGACAGAAUGCUGCUCACUUGUGGUACUGGUGAAUCUUUAAAACUGUGGAAUGUUGAUACUGGUGAAUGUAACCUUAAAUUCAGAGGCUCAGUAGACUACAUCAUCAGUUCAUGUGCAUGGUUUCCUAAUUCAGAGAAAAUAGUAUGUGCCAGCUCCGAGCCUGCAAGUUCUCCAAAUAGGAUCUUCACUUGUGAUCUAGAAGGUCAAGAGCUGGAAGUAUGGGCCGGAGAUAGAAUACCAAAAGUCAGUGAUCUUGCUGUGACACCUGAUGGCCGACACCUAAUCUUUGUAUCUUGCAACGAUAUCUGGAUUAGAGAACUUCCAAAGGGGCGGGAAUGGAGAUUUCGUGAGAAGCAGACGAUUUCAUCUGUUUUUCUCUCAGGUGAUGGACAAUCACUCGUUGUGAACCUUAGCAGUCAGGAGAUUCAUUUGUGGAAAAUUAAUGAAAGUUGUACUGGGCCUGAAAAGUUCAAGGGGCACAAGCAAGACAAGUUUGUGAUUAGGUCUUGCUUUGGUGGUUCAAACUCUUUGUUCAUUGCUAGUGGCAGUGAGGAUUCACAGAUCUACAUUUGGAAAAGGCACGUGGAGAUGCCAAUAAAGGUUUUGCAUGGCCACACGAUGAUUGUGAACUGUGUAAGCUGGAAUCCUGCAAGGCCCCAUAUGCUGGCUUCUGCUAGUGAUGACCGCACGGUCGUAGCUACUUCAGAAAUAAACCUCCAACAGCCAGAGGUAGCCGGUGCUGUGUUCCAGAUGUAUGCCUGGCUAACCGAAAUGCCCCAGAACUUCUUUCUGAAGUCCUUUUCAGGUGACUUUCUGAAGGCUUUUGCAUGA